GCUCCUCAUCCCUCCUUAUACACUCCACCAAUUUCGCAAACACAAUUCAAGCUCUAUCUUUCUCUCUGCCUAGCUUUGAAUAAAGCUGCUUUUUCUGCAAGCCAGAGAACCUCUACGCUGCGUGUCACCGUCACCACCGACUGGUACGCUCGUCUCCCCGCUCAGACAGAUUAUUCUCAAAACCUCAUCAACACCUACGCUCUCCUCCAACGAGUCAAUCCAUCGGUCGAACAACUCAAUCCAAACCAACCAACUCAACCCCCUAACACACCCACCCCACCAUCCCAAACCACCCAACCAACAACCCAACCAAAGAAGUCAAAGACAAAACCAACCAAAAUGGCCCAAAUCAACUACCGCACAAUCAACGUCGACGCCUUCGACCCCGACUCCAGCGUCAACUUCCCCAUGGACAGCCUCCUGCCCGCGACGCUCCCCGCACCCAGCAACGCCAGCGAAGCCGCCAACGUCGCGACCCAAGUCCGCCAGGUCCUCCGCAGCGGCGACGCAGAGGGCGCCCUGCGCUACGUGCUGGACACGGCGCCGCUGGCAGGCGACGACCGCGCCAAGGAAGUCCACAUGGCGACUGUGGUCGACGUCCUCCAGGGGAUUCGGCAGGGGGAGAUGACACGCGUGCUGGACGCUGUGUGCACCGGUGAGGGAGGGUCGGAGAGGGCGGAUUGCUUGAUGAAGUAUUUGUACAAAGGAAUGGGUGGCUCCCAAGCACCCGGCAGCGGAACGCAGACGCCCAAAACCCCCGGCUCGCCGCAACUGUCGGGGGGCUUUACGCAGAUCCAGGCGCGCAAUUUCGGCGAGGGCGGCAGUGCGCAGCAGAUGAGCGUUUUGCUGAGUUGGCAUGAGAAGCUGGUGGAGGUUGCUGGGAUGGGGACUGUCAUGCGGGUUAUGACCGAUCGGAGGACUGUUUAGCUUGUUUUAUUCUUUCUGCACUUCAUCUCUUCAUUCUUCGUUUCUCUUCUGUUCUGUAAGUAGUGGCUUGUGGUAUACAUAUUGUGAUAGAAGGACAGCUACUUGUCUGUGAGUGAAUGAUAUGAC